AUGGGACUCUUUGUGCUCAUCGGGGACUCGGGGGUGGGCAAGAGCAACCUGCUCUCGCGCUUCACCCGCAACGAGUUCAACCUGGAGAGCAAGAGCACCAUCGGGGUGGAGUUUGCCACGAGGAGCAUCCAGGUGGACAACAAGACGGUGAAGGCUCAGAUCUGGGACACGGCGGGGCAGGAGCGGUACCGCGCCAUCACCUCCGCGUACUACCGAGGGGCAGUGGGAGCUCUGCUGGUCUAUGACAUCGCCAAGUACCUGACGUACGAGAACGCAGAGCGCUGGCUGAAGGAGCUGCAGGACCACGCUGAUGCCAACAUUGUCAUCAUGCUGGUGGGCAACAAGAGUGACCUGCGGCACCUGCGGGCUGUGCCCACCGACGAGGCUAGGAGCUUUGCAGAGAAGAACGGGCUGUCCUUCCUUGAGACGUCUGCUCUGGAUUCCACCAAUGUGGAGACAGCUUUCCACAACAUCCUCUCGGAGAUCUACCGCAUCGUGUCUCAGAGGCAGAUCACGGGACAGCCGGAGUCCGAGUUUGGCCCCUCCACCUCCAUUGAACCCAUCCAGGUGCUGCCCACGCAGCAGGAGGGCCGGCAGGCGCCCUGCUGCCAGAACAUCUGA